AGCUAGCUACCGGGUUGGGGCAGAGAUGGUAGUCCAAUGCCUUUGAUAAGGAUUGUGCACUUCCUGUGAUUAUCCACUUUUUACCUUGCCUUCGGAUUGCAAAAUCGCUAAUAGGCAAUUUGUCGCAUCCUGGAGAUGAUGGGCAGUAAAACGAGCACGAUUGCUGCGGGGGUCUGCGGAGCUCUGUUCAUCGGCUACUGUAUCUACUUCGAUAGGAAGCGACGGAGUGACCCUAACUUCAAGAAAAGACUGCGAGAACGGAGGAGAAAGCAGAAGGCUGCAAAGGAGAAGUCUGGACUGGCAAAGCUGCCGGACCUGAAAGAUGCUGAGGCCGUGCAAAAGUUCUUCCUGGAGGAGAUACAGCUGGGAGAAGAGCUGCUGGCACAGGGUGACUACGAGAAGGGUGUGGACCACCUGACCAAUGCCAUCGCUGUGUGCGGGCAGCCCCAGCAGCUGCUCCAGGUGCUGCAGCAGACCCUCCCCCCGCCCGUGUUCCAGAUGCUCCUCACGAAGCUGCCCACCAUCAGCCAGCGUAUUGUCAGUGCACAGAGCUUGGCUGAAGAUGACAUUGAGUAAGAGGGAGGGGUUGGCCCAGGGUUAAUGUCGACUCUGGGGCGUAACACAGAGCCCCCUCCCCGACCCCUUAGAACACCCACACCUUGCUCUGGCCCAACCAACUCCUGAAGCCCAGGUCUCAGACAGUAAAUGUGACUCCUCUGUGUUUCACUGCAAGGAGCCCAGGUUAAGUAACUCAUUCAUUAGAUUCUUUCCUUUUUUAUUUAUUGUCCCCCCUGAUUCUUAUUCGCCCCCCCUCCCUGCUUCCCCAUCCUUCAGCAGCCAAUGACUUCAUGUCCCAGAUGUCCAUGUUCUGUAAUGGUAUGGAAUGGUACGCCAUCUCACAGCUAAUGCUGAAGUGUGAACAAACCCACAAAAAAGGACAAGAACCUGCAUAUGCACCAUGUUGACGGAUUAAUUCCAAACCUGCCAAACUUUACCUGGACUUUACUUCAGUUAAAAAAAAAAAUGGUGAGAAAAUGAAUUGGCCAAUGAUAGCAUUCUCGGUACUUUUCCUAAUAUGCACAAAACAAGAGUGUAGCAAACAACUGAAAUAAUAUGCAAAGAGAUCAUCCUCCGUCAUGCACGAUCAAGAUUUGUCAUUGUUAUUCAGCUGUAAGAACUUUACACUUACUGUGCUGUUAAGGGAGAAUAUGAAUUUUGUCAAUAACAAUGGUGAAGUGUGGGCCGUGUGGGAAUUCCACAGUGUUCAGCUCUGAGCACACGUGUAGAAUGCAUGUAAAUCUGAUUAUGGAGAACAAGGAACAGCUUCCUCUUUGUCUGCCGUCUUAUCAAACUCUCGUUCAUGUUAAGUGUAGGAUUACACAAAGUAUUUUGAAUAUUUUUACGCAUUUAAGUCAUACUUUUCUUAUUUCAGUCAUAUUGAAGUGUUUGCUCUGUCUACAAAUAAAAUGUACAAAA